AUGCGGCUACCAUGUGUCCCUAGCUGUGCACUGAGAGAGUUGCGGGCGCCAUUGGCUCUCGUCCGCAAUGGCCGACGGCGCUUUUUGCACAGCCGGACCUACGACGCGGCCGUCAUAGGUGGUGGCAUCACCGGCCUGACAGCAGCCUACCGCUUGUCCAAGGAUCCGUCUUGCUCCAAAGUCACUCUUUACGAGAAAACCCCUCAUCUGGGUGGCUGGCUCCAGUCCGAAACGAUCCCGGUGGAUGGGGGAGAGAUUGUCUUCGAGUAUGGACCCCGGACCUUGCGAGUCGCUGUUCCGUCGUGUCUUCCACUGGUUGACUUGAUAGAUGAACUACGUCUCGCGGAUCAGGUUGUCCCAACAAACAAGACCUCCCCCGCUGCCCUGAACCGGUACAUCUACUAUCCCGAUCACCUUGUUCGGGCGCCAACACCCACCCCUAGAGCUGGGUUUUUCUCCAAUAUUUCAUCGCUGCUAAGCACGCUCCUGCGAGAACCUGUCUUCGAAACCUUCCUCUGGAGCCUCCUUUACGAGCCCUGGAAGGAGCCUGGGAAGUCGCAACUUGCCAAGCGAGACGAGUCUGUCGCGGAUUUUGUAUCGCGACGGUUGAGCCCACAGGUCGCGGAUAAUUUGGUGUCUGCGCUCUACCAUGGGAUUUUUGCGGGAGAUGUCAGCCGACUGAGCGCGCAAGCUCUACUGGGGGAGUUUCGGGAUAUGGAGAGCAGUGAGUUGCGCGUGCUUGCGUCUGCCCUUCAGGCGGCGAAUGCCGGCAUGAUCCGGGUCAACGUGGACGAUAUGCUGGCUAUUUAUUAUGCGCCGGAGGAAAAGCCAUAUCACUACUGGAGGACACUGUCCCUCCUGGUGCGGAGUGCCAGCACUAUCACCUUAAAGCAUGGAGUGGGCCAGCUGGCCGAUGCUUUGGCUGAAGCGCUGAAGAGGUCGUCGGGCAAGGUGGAUAUUUUGACCAGUACGGAUGUUACGAGUAUCAGCCAGGGUACUCAAACCUCUAACGUGACGAUUGGUUUCGGAAAUACCUCCCGAACACACGAUCGUGUUAUUGCUACAAAUCCAGCCCCCGAGCUUGCAGGGCAGCUGAGCAAUGUUCCCAAAGACGCAAAGACCCCUCACAGCACCAUCAGCAGCCUACGCGAGCACAACUAUGCCGUGACCGUGAUGGUAGUAAACCUCUACUACCCCAACCCAGAUCUCCUCUCAGUGAAAGGAUUCGGAUACCUCAUCCCACGAUCGAUCCCAUACGAACAGAACCCCGAGCGAGCUCUGGGCGUGAUCUUUGCUUCGGAAUCAGGCGGCACAGGCCAGGAUACUGCGCCCGGAACCAAGCUAACUGUCAUGAUGGGCGGCCACUGGUGGGACGGGUGGAAGGAAUCAGACUAUCCGGACCACGACACCGCCGUGAAGAUGGCCCGCUCUUUACUUGAGAGACACCUAGGCAUCACAGAUACCCCAACCGUGACGCGCAGUCGACUUCAACGCGAUGCUAUCCCGCAGCCUACCGUUGGCCACCUCGAACGUAUGAACGACAUCUCCCAGUCUAUCCGACAGGAUUUCAAUAAUCGCAUCACUCUGGCUGGCGGCUGGUAUGGGCUGCGUGGCUCUAGCGUGGUAGACUGUGUUCGCCAGGCCUACCUGGCUGCGUCGUACGGUGUUGGUGCUCAGAAACUCAAUGUUGAUGACCACGACUCUGUCCUAUCAAAGUACAAUUACCGAACUUGGGACUUGGAGGGCGGUAUCGUUGCUGCCCCAGUUCGUACCGUUGAGGUGCAUAAAGCGGAUGUCCAGCACUUUUAG